UAACCUGGAAUGUGUUGGGGGGCGGGUAGCCUAGUGGCGUAUCGCUAGUUUCGAGUUUCACGGGGCGUUCCUCGUCAAUCCGACAUAAUUUGUUCUCACAUACAGUCAUACGGUUCAACGGUCUUUAACUAAGCUCGCAGAAUGUUUGCUCGAAUGAAAUUCAUCAACAUUUUCAUAACAAAUUUGGCCUUUUUUAUUUUAAUUAUUCGUUGUGAUGGUUGGGAACUUGCAACCGCAUGCAAGGAUAUUUCGGGACAAUCGCCUGAGCUUCGGCUCAAGUCGCACUUGUUUUGCGAUUAUGCCCCAGACGUGCAGCCUAUUACCAAGCAAAGGAACAGUACUCUUGUUGGUAUUGCGAUAAUGCCAAAAUUUAUCGAAUACGAUGACCUAACGGAUACUCUUGACGUGCACUGUUGGGUAGCAAUGAAUUGGACCGAUCCUCAUUUGACAUGGGAUCCGUCGUCAUUCGAUGGGAUAAGUAACUUGCAUGUGCCAAGUUUCAAUAUCUGGAUACCCGACAUCACCGUGCACAAUGGGGGUGACGUAGACGAAGACAGUUCGUUGCCGACCACCGGUUGCGGAUUGAGCAGUGAUGGAACUGUGUUGUGCUUACCUCCAGUCAAAUACUCAGCUCAUUGUGAUUCCGAUUACACCAAUUACCCUUAUGACGUUCAAAAUUGUACCAUAGAAGUAGGCUCUUGGUCUUACACGAUGGACGAAAUUACUAUAGAACCGCAGCCCGAUUUUAUAUACAGUGAUUUCACACCAAAUCAAGACUGGAGAGUUUUAGACAUGACUAUACAGUCGGUAACUACGGAUUACAAGAUGAAUGAUACUUUUGCUGCCAGUAUGUUCAAGAUGAAUUUUGUUAUAGAGAGACGAGAAGCUGGUGUGGAUAUAGUUUACAUCAUUCCGGCUGUUGUUUUAAUGAUUAUGACAUUAAUUGUGCUAUGGUUGGAUUGUCAUUCUGAGGAACGUAUGAUAGUUGCAUGCAUAGGCUUCCUAUGCCAUUUACUUUGCAUUCAAGAUCUAUACGUUCGCAUUCCAUAUAACGGAGGAGUUCUACCAACUCUUUUAAAAUUUUAUGAAACUUCAUUUCUCUUGGUGGCAUUCACUUUGGUAUUGACAGUCUUAUUGCGGGAAUUACGAACCUUCACCACGCCUGCUCCGAAAUGGCUGAGCUCGAGUACAUCGUUUUUGCUUCAAAGUAAGGUUGGACAGCUUCUGCUUUUGAGUAUUCUCGAUCCAAAAGCAUCAGCUUUUCUGGAGGUAUCGGCCGAUGACAAUGCUGAUUUAGUAAAUACCAAAAAAAAUGAUGCUACUUGGAACUACGUUACACUACUACUUGGAUGGUUUGCCUUCAUUUCCACUUUCUUUACCUACCUUAUAAUGCUGGCACUUUAUUUGCCUCGUAAGGAUACUAGUUGUUACUUUUGUGUUGUAUAAGAAAUUAUUUAAUUUAUGGAAAA